GAAAGAGGCUCAGUUAGACGAAGAAGGACAGUUUCUUGUCCGAAUAAUAUAUGACGAUUCCAAAACGUACGAUCUGGUGGCCGCAGCAAGCAAAGUUCUCAAUCUCAAUGCUGGAGAAAUCCUCCAAAUGUUCGGGAAGAUGUUUUUUGUCUUUUGUCAAGAAUCUGGCUAUGAUACAAUCUUACGUGUCCUGGGAUCUAAUGUCCGAGAAUUUCUACAGAACCUUGAUGCGCUGCACGACCACCUUGCCACCAUCUACCCGGGGAUGCGGGCGCCUUCCUUUCGAUGCACGGAUGCGGAAAAGGGCAAAGGGCUUAUUCUGCACUACUAUUCAGAGAGAGAAGGGCUGCAGGAUAUAGUCAUUGGAAUCAUUAAAACCGUAGCUCAACAGAUACAUGGCACUGAAAUAGACAUGAAGGUGAUUCAACAAAGAAAUGAAGAGUGUGAUCAUACUCAAUUUUUAAUUGAAGAAAAAGAGUCAAAAGAAGAGGAUUUUUAUGAAGAUCUCGACAGAUUUGAGGAAAAUGGGACCCAGGAGUCACGCAUCAGCCCGUCUACCUUCUGCAAAGCUUUCCCUUUUCACAUCGUAUUUGACCGAGACUUGGUGGUUACCCAGUGUGGCAAUGCCAUCUACAGAGUGCUCCCACAGGAAGGACUCUUGGAUGUAGAGAAGUUAGAAUGUGAAGAUGAGCUCACUGGGACCGAGAUCAGCUGCCUGCGUCUUAAGGGUCAAAUGAUCUACUUACCCGAAGCAGAUAGCAUACUUUUCCUGUGUUCACCAAGUGUGAUGAAUCUGGAUGAUUUGACGAGAAGAGGUCUGUAUUUGAGUGACAUCCCUCUCCAUGAUGCGACUCGAGAUCUUGUCCUUUUGGGAGAACAAUUCAGAGAGGAAUAUAAAUUGACCCAAGAACUGGAAAUCCUCACAGACAGGCUGCAGCUCACGCUAAGAGCCCUGGAAGAUGAAAAGAAAAAGACAGACACGUUGCUGUAUUCGGUCCUCCCUCCAUCUGUUGCUAAUGAGCUGAGACAUAAGCGUCCAGUGCCUGCCAAAAGAUAUGACAACGUCACCAUUCUCUUCAGUGGCAUUGUGGGCUUUAACACCUUCUGUAGCAAGCAUGCUUCUGGAGAAGGGGCAAUGAAGAUUGUCAACCUUCUCAACGACCUCUAUACCAGAUUUGACACACUGACCGAUUCACGGAAAAAUCCCUUCGUCUACAAGGUGGAGACUGUGGGCGAUAAGUAUAUGACUGUGAGUGGUUUACCAGAACCUUGUAUACACCAUGCACGAUCCAUUUGCCAUCUCGCCUUGGACAUGCUGGAAAUUGCUGGUCAAGUUCAAGUAGAUGGUGAAUCUGUUCAGAUAACAAUAGGGAUACACACUGGAGAGGUGGUUACAGGUGUUAUAGGACAAAGGAUGCCUCGAUACUGUCUUUUUGGGAAUACUGUUAACCUCACAAGCCGAACAGAAACCACUGGAGAAAAGGGAAAAAUAAAUGUGUCCGAAUACACAUACAGAUGUCUCAUGACACCAGAAAAUUCAGACCCGCAAUUCCAUUUGGAGCACAGGGGACCAGUGUCCAUGAAGGGCAAAAAAGAGCCAAUGCAAGUUUGGUUUCUAUCCAGAAAGAAUACAGGAACUGAGGAAACAAAGCAAGAUGAUAUCUGAAUCUUGGAUUGCGUGACGAAGAGGAAUACAGAUUAGCUUUGAGCUGUCCCAUAACUCAUGCAAUCCUAGUCGCGAUUCAUCUACUUUGGAGACAUAUUUCACACAGUCUGUUUUCAAUGAUCUCGAACCUUCCUCCUAAGAAUAUCUCUCACUGCUCAUUAUCUACCUUUUGCUCAGCUUUUGAUGAUGUCAUUUAAGGUCUUAGUUUAUUUUCUAGUGUAUCUAAAGUUUAGCUUUAGAUGUGGGUGAUGUGACCUACAUAUGUCUUAAAUUCUACUGCAAGCAUUUACCUAGCAUGGUGACUUGCACGUAGUAAGCACCCAAUCAAUACCUGUUGAAUUUAAUUCAAUCAAAUUGAGCAGUAUCUGGCCAUGUAUGUGCAUUGCAUGGUUUACCAAAUCUGAUUAGUGCUUCAUAUAUACGUGUACAUAUCUAUAUAUAUAAAUGACUAACAUAUAACAAAGUUUAUAUAGUGUUGGUAUAGAUCAUCAUGGGUAUUAUUUUCUAAAGGGAGGAACUAGGAGUUUUAGGGAAAAGACCAUUUAUUUUUAGAUUUCCAGAGUCAAAAUUCAUCUGUCAUGCUCAGUAGAUGUAACCAUUUUGAAAUUUGCUAAAUUUCCUUCAGAAAAAUGAACUAAACUUUUCUGUUAUUAAAAUAUGUGACUGUGGAUUCAAAUUCUGUGGCAAUUAUGAUUUCUUGGACGUUUCUGUCAUUUUAGACUGUAUGCCUCUUAUUGAUAUCUUUAAUCCUGUACAGCCAUCAUGGACAGCUGUGCUGUGUCCCACGGAGCUGUUUUGCAAUGGCUUCAGCGAAAUGUCUGGGGCUCUAGCCAAAUCCAGGAAUGAACCUGGGAACACCCUCCUGGGAUGAUCCUUUAAGAGGCUUUCCUGGUCUUUUCUUCCCAGAAGUGAGUUAGCUUAAGAGACUGUGAUUAUAUUGAGGACACCAUGUUCAGAAACAUUAGUUUAAUUUCGACAUAGAAGGAAUUAGUAUAAUUGUUCGGUUUUUCUUACAUGGCUCAGAUAAUUUAUUAAUUACUAUCUUUAUAAAAUGUAGUGCAUCUGCUUUUCUGUAAGAUAUUAGUUGUCUUAAGUUUAGUAUUUCGUAUCAACACAUCAAUAUGUGUAUAAUUGUUUCAUGUUAAUGUGUAUAAGAAUCUGCAUUAAAUUAUUUUUUUCCA